AAUCGACUCGCACUUACACUCGCACCUCAAUGAAAUUCCUGCAAAAUUCUAUCAUCUCAUUCAACAAACCUUCAAAAGACCAAAUCUUUCCACCAUGAAAACCAGAUAACAUUACACCCCAUUAUAAUUACACUAAUUAAUCUCCCAUUAUUCCCAUAAAAAUCAUAUCUUUAAUCAUAAUCUUCCCUUAAUUGAUUCAUUUUCUCUCUCCUCCAAAUGGGUAAAUCACUACCUUCAACAGCAGGAUUAAAGAAUUUUGCCAGAAUUAUAACAUCUGAAAGAAUCACCCCUCCAAAACAAGUCAAACCCAGAUCACCAAAUCACAGCAAAACAUCUGUCUCAAUGUCAGAGUCACAACCCCGAGUUGACUCGGCUAAACUCGGCUUGAAAAUGGAGAAUAACUCAGUGAGUCGAACUCGGAUUCCUUUGUCGGAGGUUGUCGUGGAUUGUGCGAGGCGCUGGUUUCAAGACACUCUUAAGGAGGCUAAAAAUGGGGAUGCUACAAUGCAGGUUUUGGUGGGUCAGAUGUAUAACAGUGGUUAUGGUGUUCGAAAGGAUACUGAGAAGGGACGUAAUUGGAUUAAUAUAGCUUCCAAAGGAAGGUCUUCUGCUUGGAAAGUUAGCAAUAAACAGCCAGGGUACAAUGUAAGUGACUCAGAGUCUCAGGAUCUCUAAGACACCAGAAGCGACGUGUAAUACUAUAAUACAGGCAGAAGGAGGAUCCAAUUGUGAGUUGUUUUUGUAUUUGUUUUUCAAUCUAGACACUGUAGUACCAAAAUUAGCCAUGUAUAUCAGUAUAUGUAUGUUGUCAUUUGUUUAUAUGGCUAUGAAGGCAAUAUUUUCUUUAGUAUAUGAGGAACAUGUUUGAUGACAUAUGGCCUUUUACAAGUUGAUGUAGCAAUUUUUCACAAGGUAUUGAAUAUUUACAUUUGUUUGGUAA